CGAAGAUUUGUCAAACUCAACUGUGAAGCAUGAAUGCUCCACCAGCUUUCGAGUCAUUUCUUUUAUUUGACGGAGAGAAAAAAUGAGACAUUUCAAGAGAAGUACUGUGAAGUAUUCUUUUCAUCAAAUAAUAUUGAAGGCACAGGUUCAACUGCUUCUGAAACUGUACCUGCUGAGAGUACUGAACAAAGGAAGUGUGUGAACAAGUUAGAUUCUGUAAGUAUUAUAUUUUAUGAGUUUAAAAAUUAUAGCUUACAUUAUGAAGCAGUUAUUUCUAAGAAAACAAGAUCUGUUAUUUUGAAGUAAAACCCUUCAUUUUAUUAAUUUAUACAUUUAACAUAUUUAUGAUAAAAUACUUUAAGUUUGAAUAUUUUUGUGAAUAGUCUUUAUAGAUUCUUUAAUUAAGUUUUCAGAAACUUACUUUAUAGUUAUCAACAUGCUAAUGAAAAUGUAAUAUUUUAUAGGAAACUACAUGGACCACUUCCUCUGUGAAAAAGCUUAUAGAGUUUCGCAGAGAAAUGGACUUACAGUUUCAGAGUCCAAGCUGCAAAAAAAUAAAAUUAUGGGACCAAAUAAGCCAAAGUCUUAAAAAUGAAGGUAUUCACAUAACAGCAGUAGAGGUGGACAGAAAAUGGAGAAAUCUAAUGCUGACGUACAGGAGGAGGAAAGACCAGAUGAAACGAUCUGGAGGUGGGCAAGUUCCCUUUUGGGAAUUUCAGGAUGAUUUAGAUGCUUUCCUUGCUUCAAAAGCAGGUGUA